AUGGGGACGGAGGCGGAGCAUCAGGACAGCAGCCUCCAACACGACGGCCUCGUGGUGGUGCCAGCGCCGCGCCCGCGCAAGGGGCUCGCCUCCUGGGCGCUCGACCUGCUCGAGUCCCUCGUCGUGCGCCUCGGCCACGACAAGACCAAGCCGCUCCACUGGCUCUCCGGCAACUUCGCCCCCGUCGUCGAGGAGACCCCGCCGGCCCCAAACCUCACCGUCCGCGGACACCUCCCGGAGUGCUUGAAUGGAGAGUUUGUCAGGGUUGGGCCUAAUCCAAAGUUUGUCCCUGUUGCCGGGUAUCACUGGUUUGAUGGAGAUGGGAUGAUUCAUGCCAUGCGUAUUAAAGGUGGAAAAGCUACCUAUGUAUCAAGAUAUGUAAAGACUGCUCGCCUCAAACAAGAAGAGUAUUUUGGUGGAGCGAAGUUUAUGAAGAUUGGAGACCUGAAGGGAUUUUUUGGAUUGUUUAUGGUCCAAAUGCAGCAACUUCGGAAAAAAUUCAAAGUCUUGGAUUUUACCUAUGGAUUUGGGACAGCUAAUACUGCACUUAUAUAUCAUCAUGGUAAACUCAUGGCCUUGUCAGAAGCAGAUAAGCCAUAUGUUGUUAAGGUCCUUGAAGAUGGAGACUUGCAGACUCUUGGCUUGUUGGAUUAUGACAAAAGGUUGAAACAUUCUUUCACUGCCCAUCCAAAGGUUGAUCCUUUUACAGAUGAAAUGUUCACAUUCGGAUAUUCACAUGAACCUCCAUACUGUACAUACCGUGUGAUUACCAAAGACGGAGCUAUGCUUGAUCCUGUGCCAAUAACAAUACCAGAAUCUGUAAUGAUGCAUGACUUUGCCAUCACGGAGAAUUACUCUAUUUUUAUGGACCUCCCUUUGUUGUUCCGACCAAAGGAAAUGGUGAAGAACGGUGAGUUUAUCUUCAAGUUUGAUCCUACAAAGAAAGCUCGUUUUGGUAUUCUCCCACGCUAUGCAAAGGAUGACAAACUCAUUAGAUGGUUUGAACUCCCUAAUUGCUUCAUAUUCCAUAAUGCUAAUGCUUGGGAAGAGGGUGAUGAAGUUGUUCUCAUUACCUGCCGUCUUGAGAACCCAGAUUUGGACAAAGUGAAUGGACAUCAAAAUGACAAGCUCGAAAACUUCGGGAAUGAGCUGUACGAGAUGAGAUUCAACAUGAAAUCGGGCGCUGCUUCACAAAAGCAACUGUCUGUUUCUGCUGUGGAUUUUCCUCGUGUUAAUGAGAGCUAUACUGGCAGAAAGCAGCGGUAUGUCUACUGCACGAUACUUGACAGCAUUGCGAAGGUGACUGGCAUCAUAAAAUUUGAUCUGCAUGCUGAACCGGAGAGUGGUAAGAAAAAACUUGAAGUGGGAGGAAAUAUACAAGGCAUAUAUGACCUGGGACCUGGUAGAUUCGGUUCAGAGGCGAUUUUUGUUCCCAAGCAGCCAGGUGUAUCUGGAGAAGAAGACGAUGGCUAUCUGAUAUUCUUUGUACACGACGAAAAUACAGGGAAAUCUGAAGUAAACGUUAUAGAUGCGAAGACAAUGUCUGCUGAUCCAGUUGCAGUGGUUGAGCUUCCUAAUAGGGUUCCUUAUGGAUUCCAUGCCUUCUUUGUAACUGAGGACCAACUGGCUCAACAAGCUGAGGGGCAGUGA